CCGUUCAAAAGUGAUAACACAUUUUUCUUUCAUCGUGACAUUUGCUUAAAACAAAUUUCACAAAGUACACACACAUUAGAGAAAAAAAAUAAAGAAAACUUUAAAACGCAUCGUCAGACCAAACGGAACAUGUCUUCGUGUCAGCGGUGUUACUAUAUUUAAAUGAGACAUACAAAAACAUAUGACAAAAAGAAAAAUAAACUGACGUUGAUGUGCAAAGCCCCUUAUACUUAAAACUUAAAGCAAAGUGACGACAGAAUUAAGAAAAAUUAAAAAUAAAAAAAAACCGUUGUAGCGUUACAAAACAGCAAAACUAAAGAAUCCAAUUCAAGUGCAAGUUCAAGCGAAAAGAAGCCAAAUCUAAUAACACCUACUCACUCAAAGCUCGGAUAUUUUGAAACAGCAUGAAAAUGGUGUUGUCGCAACGGCAGCGCGAGGAGCUUAACCAAGCGAUUGCCGAUUAUUUAGGCAGCAAUGGAUAUUCCGAUGCAUUAGAGGCUUUUCGUAAAGAAGCCGAUUUAAUUAAUGUUGAAUCUGAAAAGAAGUUUGGUGGAUUACUCGAAAAGAAAUGGACAUCAGUAAUACGUUUACAAAAGAAAGUUAUGGAACUAGAAGCUAAGCUUUCAGAGGCUGAAAAAGAAGUUAUUGAAGGAGCACCAACAAAAGCCAAACGAAGUCCCGGCGAAUGGAUACCAAGGCCGCCAGAGAAAUUUUCACUUUCCGGUCAUAGAGCCAGUAUAACGAGAGUUGUUUUUCAUCCGAUAUUUGGUCUAAUGGUAUCGGCAUCAGAAGAUGCUACUAUAAAAAUUUGGGACUUCGAGACCGGCGAAUACGAACGAAGUCUUAAAGGUCACACAGAUUCAGUACAAGAUAUUGCUUUUGACGCUCAAGGGAAACUAUUGGCAUCCUGUAGUGCUGAUUUGUCCAUUAAAUUAUGGGACUUUCAACAGAGUUAUGAGUGUGUUAAAACUAUGCAUGGACACGAUCAUAAUGUAUCGUCGGUGGCGUUUGUUCCAGCUGGUGACUUUGUUUUAUCAGCUUCACGAGAUAAAACAAUUAAAAUGUGGGAAGUUGCCACUGGAUACUGCGUUAAGACAUAUACAGGUCACAGAGAAUGGGUUAGAAUGGUGAGAGUACACAUCGAUGGUGGAAUCUUUGCAUCGUGCUCAAAUGAUCACUCAAUUCGAGUGUGGUUGACAAAUUCAAAAGACUGUAAAGUUGAACUGAGAGACCAUGAUCACACAGUUGAGUGCAUUGCUUGGGCACCCGAAAAUUCCACAUCAGCAAUAAAUGAGGCUGCGGGUGCUGAUAACAAAAAGGGUCACCAUCAAGGGCCAUUCCUUGCAUCUGGAUCAAGGGAUAAAACAAUUCGCAUCUGGGACGUGAGUGUCGGCCUUUGCUUAUUUACUCUAAAUGGCCACGAUAACUGGGUUAGAGGACUAUCAUUCCAUCCGGGUGGAAAGUAUUUGGUAUCUGCUAGUGACGACAAAACCAUUCGUGUAUGGGACUUGCGCAAUAAGCGAUGCAUGAAAACUCUGUAUGCUCAUCAACAUUUUUGCACUUCUGUUGAUUUCCACAAAACACAUCCAUACGUUAUUUCAGGAAGUGUGGAUCAAACAGUCAAAGUAUGGGAAUGUCGUUAAAUAUAUUUAUUUUAUUUAAUAUUUAAUUUUAACUUAAAAUGCUAUUAUUAAACAAAACAAAACAAAAAAAAACAAUAAAUCAUUAAGAUUAUGAAUCCAUUAGAGAAGAUAUUUAAUUAUUAAAAACGAAACAAAAAAAAGAAAAUACAAAAAUUAAAUUAAACCUUGCCACCUGUUUUCUGUUGAAAAAAAAAAGAAAAAAAAAAAACAUUUCUCUUUAGGAACAAAACAAAACAAAUAUAAAGAGUUUAUAUUACAAUAUGAGAGUGAACGUCCACAAUAGUUUGAAUUAAAUGAAAGAAAAUAAAGAUUUUAGAUAAAACAAAAAAAAACUUAAAACAAGACGAUGCUUUACACAGCCAACAAAAUCAUAGAAUUCAUUUAUUGUUAAUGUACACUCAAUUAUUUAUAUAUAUAUAUUUUUUAUUUAGAUACGAAGAAAAUGUAUUUUUUAUUUGUUUAAAUUUGGAUUGCCUCUGGCUUUUACUCCAUUAUUUAUUGAAUGUUAUUAUUUUUUACACAUUUAAAAAAUAUGAGAUGAUUUGUUAAAAAAUAAAUUUACAAAACAAAUUGAAACAAGUCGGAGAUGGAAUUCGUUUAUUAUAACAUCACAGAUGAUGUCAAUAUACAGAAAACCAAAAUGGAACAGGGGGCUAUAGUGAAUUAAACUUCCCACGAAAUUGUUUCCCAAACUUCAAGCAUUAAAAUAAAGUUCACAUUAAUGAUGUUUUGAAGUAAGGAAUAAUUCUGACAUUAAUUUUAUUUCGCCAAAGCCCCUAAAAUCUAAAUGAAAGUUAUAGACAAACAAAAACUCAUAAAUGGUGAUCUGUAUUUCUUCAUCUGUGACUCAACUGGUGAUAUAUUUAAUUACAAGACGUGGCCACAUUUUUUUUAACUACUGACUACCCUGGAAUAAAAACAAAAAUAGGAUGUAACAGUAAUCUAUAAAAGAACAUAGAUUUUUAACUCCUUGAGUUUAUAAAACUCAAUUCAAAUUACACACAGUUUUGGAUUUAUAGAAAUUUAAUAUAAUUAUUAUUAUAUUGUAAUCAUAAUGUGUAGCUUUUAAUAUUAUAUAAUAAGCAUGUAAUAAAAACACAAAACAAUAUAUAGCAGGAAAAAAAAGAAAGAAGAAAUUUUAAUUAAAAUUCAAUUAAAAUAAAGUUUAGAAGAGAAAAAAUUAUAAAGAGAAACAAAACAUAGAAGACAAAUGCAAAAUUACCCAAUAAUCUUGAAAAUUAAUUGUAUAAUAUAUAAAAUUAAUCGUUAAUAAAUGAGCGAUAAGCCUAAAUAACUCUUAUCAUUUUAUUUUUGUUUCAUCACGUGAGAAAACGAUCCCAAAAGAGAGGAAAGUGACAGUUUUUUGUUGCUCUUGAUUACAAAUGAAAUUGUAAUUCAUCAUAAAAAUAACAUAUUGGCUUUAUGGUACAAGAACAAUGGUCAGGACUUAACCAUUGCAACAAAUGGGAAAAUUUACAUAUAACCGUCAAAGUAUAAUCUAUUCUGCAAGAUCGAAAAAAAUAGAAAAUUCUAAGACCUUUAAAAAUGAAGGAUUUAUUAUAAAAAAAAAGUUUUAGAAAAUUUAAAGUUGACGGAAGUUAAAUGUUUUGAUCGAAACUCAGAGCACAACAGGACUCUAGUUUAUUGGAAAUUAAUCCUGUUGGCACUUUUUGUUUUGCAACAGCGAGUUUCUUUGAAUAAGAAAUCGAGCAAUCGAUUAUUACGACUCUGUUGGCUGUAGGAGGUCUUUUUUCAUGUCAGUUCAAGGAAUGUAAACAAGCCUUUAUGAGGUCACUACUCCCGUAGAAUGGCCAGACAAAGGGAAUACAACUUAGAACGUUCCGAUCAAUGUAUCUGGAAAGGUUAAUUAUUUAUUACAGCUUUUUAAUUAAUAAUUUGAUAUUUGUCUGUGGUGUACUUCCAAGAAAAAAUGGAUGUUAGGCACUUAAGUGGACAUUAGAAGGGGAUAAACGUGUAUAUGCUUGUAUGUAAAUGCCUUUUUUCUUGAGGUUGAUAGUAUCCUUUUAAAUUCAACUAGAAGCAUACAAAAAUACUUGAAGUUUUAACUAUUGUUCUCUGCCUAAUUGAUUUCACACAGUUUGUUUUUAAUACUUGAGCAUUAAACCAUUUACCCAAAAAGAGCUUGUUUUCAAUUAUAACACUUAACAAACGGUCACUUUUCUCUAUUCUCUGAUAUUGAGUGUUUUGCUACACUUCUUUAAAUGAUUGUAGAACUUCGAAUAAAAAGUUGAAUUUUGAUUAUAAAUAAAACAACACAUAUAAUUUUUAGAUUUUCUUGUAUUUUAAUUUUAUUUACACACACAAAAAGCAAACUGAAAUAUUUGUUUACAAAAAUAUACAUAUUAUAAUAUUAAAUUGUCAAUGCGAAUUGUAAUUAAGUUUAGUUAUUCUUAUUUUACGCAUAGUAUUUGUAGGAAAAUCGUUCGAAAGGAUAAUAUUCUUCAAUUAUGUUUAUUUUUCAUAAAUACUUUUGUUAAGAAGCAUUACGUCCUUAACUGUAGUUUUUUAUUUAAUUAUUUUAAAUGAAAAGUUUAAUAAUUCAUUUCAACAAUUUCAUAGUCGAUCUCGAAAAACGAACAUAGAGAUAAUGAAAACAAAACAAAAGAUUAUUAAAAACCUUAAAAAUGGAAAGAAUUAUAAAACAAAUAAAAUUAUGUAUAAAUAUGAAAUAAAUAAAGACGAUUUUUUUUUUAUUUAUUUAUUCAAGCCCUUAUGCUUCUCCACUUCUUUCUUUCAAUUGUGUGCAAUUUAUUUUUCCAAAAAUAUUAUGGGCCUG